AUGAACAAGCCCGAAGGCACGAGGAUCGACGCGACCAGAGCGCAAGUUAUCCCGGCGAGGCAAACAGCAAUGAUGACUGAUAUGAAAAAGAGGCCUAUUUUGCCCAGAGUCAUAUUACCGCAACAAAAACUGGUAAAGGCAAUGGAGGGGUCGAGGAAGUUGAGCUUCCAAGGAACGACGAGUGAGCCGUAUAACCGGGCUCUCAUGGGAUGGGCGAGCUUCUUGCAGAGGAGGCAUGUCACUUUGAAUGCAUCCAGCGAGAUACUGUCUGAUAUUCUUCGCCGUGAAUGGAAUUGGAAUGGUCUGGUAAUCAGCGACUGGGGGGCCACAAACACCGUAGGCCCCUCGCUCAAGGCAGGUAUGGACCUUGAGAUGCCGGGUCCUCCUCUGAAACGGACCGAAGAGGCUGUCAAAGAGGCCAUAAAAAAUGGUGAGGUUUCAGUUGAACAGGCUGAGGGAUCAGCGCGGCGCCUCUUACAUCUUCUACAGAGAGCAGAGCGAUUCGAGGACGCAUCCGAUGUGGCUGAGGCAUUACCGCUCCGACCACUAAACCCACCAAAAAAGCUGGCUAUCGUUGGUCCGAACGCAAAGCGGACAGUAGCUGACGGCGGAGGGAGCGCUUACAUCAAGGCGCCAUACUGGGCUUCUGUUCUUGAGUCUCUCAAGGCUGAGUUUGGUCCUCGAGGAACAGAUUGUCCAUCAUGUGGGGUCCAAGGUAUAGGGCCUUCAAAACUGUUUGUUGAUGGGAAAGAAUUGGCCUCGGAGUCCGGCAAGAGACAGCCGGACGGCGAACUCUUUUGCACCUAUGGAUCCGACCCGACAAACUGUCCUUGCUUUCGCUUCACCUGCAUCCAAACCACGACUCUCGCGGCCAGUCAAACAGCUCUGCGCAUUUUUGAAAACUCAGAGAUAAAGGCUGGAGAGGCUUGUGUUGCCGAGCUCGAGAUUGACGCUUAUAGUCUUGGUGUGUUCGAUGCACUGGUUAACCGGUGGGCUAUCGAUGCUGUCGCGGAAUUUGACAUUGUGGUCAGUACACAAACCCUGGCGAUGCGAUUGUGGUUGGCCAAGCUAGGGUUUCAAAAGAAAUCACUUUGGUGCAUACUAUAUAAGAGGCUGUUCUCAAAGGAUCCAUUGUUCUUCCCACUGGCCGUCAAUUAG